UGCCCGCCCGUGCCGCUGCCGGUGCCCGUGACGAGCAGCCGGGAGGUCGCGCCGCCCCUCCGCCGGCGCUCCGGCCCCACCGGGCUGUUUUUAAGCCCCCGCGAGCGGGAGGGAAGUUGUUCCCCCCCAGCCCCCGCCGGUGCCCCUGCCCUCCCUCCCCUCGGUUCCUACGCCGGGAGUGAGACAAGCACAAGCUCAGGGAGACCCGGCCCUGCGCACGGACACCGGCGGCCCCCCCACGGCAGCUCCGGAGGAGGAAGCCGGCCCCUUCCCUCGUCCUGCAGCGCCGGGAGCCUUCGGACCCUCCGUAUGCCCGGCGCGCACCUGUCCCGCCUGGAGGCAGCUCUCAUGGACUAACCAGCUCCCUCCGCCUCAAGUACAUUCUGUGGACAUAAGCAUUUUUUAACUUUUUAAAGAACUUUUUUGUUUCCCCCCAUGGAAUUUUUACCGGCUGUCCCUUAGUUAUUUCCUGCUCUCUCAUCUCAGACAGCGCUGACUUUGUUUUUUCCUGGUACUGUAGUAUGGGGAUCAAAUCAAAACCGAGAUUUUAAGUAUUGCAAGAGCCCUCAAGUCCAUUCACCUCUUAAAAGUGAGCAGUGCUGUUCCUGUCUUUCUUCUUUUCCCCCACGUCGCCUGUCGGAUGUGAUGGAACUCAUGUUCGCAGAGUGGGAGGACGGGGAGAGGUUUUCAUUUGAAGACUCCGAUCGCUUUGAGGAAGACUCUCUUUGUUCCUUCAUCUCUGAGGCGGAGAGCCUUUGCCAGAACUGGAGAGGAUGGAGGAAGCAAUCGGCUGGACCCAAUUCCCCCACGGUCAAAAUGAAAGAUGGGCUGGUGAUCCCAUUGGUGGAACUCUCUGCAAAACAGGUUGCAUUUCACAUUCCAUUUGAGGUGGUGGAGAAAGUUUAUCCUCCAGUGCCCGAACAACUGCAGCUUCGAAUCGCCUUCUGGAGUUUCCCAGAAAAUGAGGAGGAUAUCAGGUUGUACUCGUGCUUGGCGAAUGGCAGUGCAGAUGAGUUCCAGCGAGGGGAGCAGCUCUUCCGGGUCAGGGCUGUCAAAGACCCUCUCCAGAUAGGUUUCCAUCUGAGUGCCACCGUGGUGCCCCCGCAGAUGGUGCCCCCCAAGGGCGCGUACAAUGUGGCGGUGAUGUUUGACCGGUGCCGGAUCACGUCGUGCAGCUGCACCUGCGGCGCCGGGGCCAAGUGGUGCGCUCACGUCGUGGCGCUCUGCCUCUUCCGCAUCCACAAUGCAUCUGCAGUGUGCUUACGAGCACCUGUUUCUGAGUCUUUGUCUCGGCUACAAAGAGACCAGUUGCAAAAAUUUGCUCAGUACCUAAUCAGUGAACUUCCACAACAGAUUCUUCCAACAGCUCAGCGCUUGCUGGACGAGUUGUUAUCUUCUCAGUCUACUGCCAUCAACACAGUGUGUGGAGCCCCAGAUCCCACUGCUGGACCUUCUGCAUCAGAUCAAAGCACCUGGUACUUAGAUGAAUCUACUCUGAGUGACAACAUAAAGAAAACCCUUCAUAAAUUCUGUGGACCUACUCCUGUUGUUUUCAGUGAUGUGAAUUCAAUGUAUCUGUCUUCCACUGAGCCACCAGCUGCUGCUGAGUGGGCUUGUCUGCUGCGUCCCCUGCGAGGGAGAGAACCUGAAGGAAUCUGGAACUUGCUUUCCAUUGUGCGGGAGAUGUUUAAGAGGCGGGAUAGCAAUGCAGCUCCUUUGCUGGAGAUUCUGACUGACCAGUGUCUCAACUAUGAGCAGAUAACUGGCUGGUGGUACAGCGUGCGAACGUCUGCGUCGCACAGCAGUGCCAGUGGGCACACGGGACGCAGCAAUGGCCAGUCAGAGGUAGCUGCUCAUGCUUGUGCAAGCAUGUGUGAUGAGAUGGUGGUUCUUUGGAGGCUGGCUGUCCUCGACCCAACUAUUAGUCCACAGAGGCGCAGGGAUCUUUGCUCACAGCUCAGACAGUGGCAGCUGAAAGUCAUAGAUAACGUUAAGAGGGGUCAGCACAAGAAAUCACUGGAGAAGCUCUUCCAAGGUUUCAAGCCAGCUGUAGAAGCCUGUUACUUCAAUUGGGAGGAAGCUUAUCCCAUUCCUGGGAUUACAUAUAGCAGCACUGACAAGAAGAACUCGUUCUGCUGGGUAAAGGCCAUCCAACAGAGGAGCUGCCGGUUGCAGUGUGCAGAAAGUGCCUGUGAGGCUGGCAGGACGCACGGCCAGGAGCCCGGGGGCCCGUGUGUGCAGCCCGGGGACAGGCUGCGGCCCUCUCCCCAGGAGCCAGCCGUCCGUCCAAAGGAGCUCACGGGGAAGCGCAAAGUCAUCUCUGAAACGCCGCAGAGGGUUCUGAGGCGGCUCUCUGCAGAAGGGGAUAAAGCUGUCUAUAAGACUGCAGUGAGCAAAGCAAAGUUGCCAGUGAGCAAAGGCUUGACCAGUAAACAUAGCGGGAAACGCCGUAUGAGCAGCGAGGACAGCUCUCUGGAGCCAGACUUGGCAGAGAUGAGCCUGGAUGACAGCAGCUUGGCACUGGGGGCAGAAGCCAGCAAUACCUUCAGUUUUACUGAAAGUCCACUGAGCAGGAGCUACAGGGAUGCCUUUGAAGAGGAUGGUGGAGUGUACUUCUCUGAGGGACCUGAGCCUACUCUCAGGAGCAGUUCCAUGGUCAAGAAAGCCCCCAAGGAUCCUGUGGGGGAGAUGGGUAGUGGUGAUGAUGACUUGCCUUCUGCAGAUGAGAACUCUGGUGGUGUGAGUCUGAAGCCAGAAGAAGUGGGAGAGAAUGGUGCAGCAGGGGGAGGGGAUGAUGGAGAAGAGGAAGAUGAUUACCAGGUAUACUAUCUGAAUCCACAAGAGGUAGCCAAGGAAGAUGAUGACAAAGCUGAAGGGGGAAUUGAAGAGGAGCAGGAUAUAUUUGCUGGUAUAAAGCCUCUGGAACAGGAGAACCGGAUGGAGGUCCUGUUUGCCUGUGCAGAGGCCCUGUAUGCUCACGGAUACAGUAGUGAGGCGUGCCGCUUGACUGUAGAGCUUGCCAGGGACCUACUGGCCAACCCUCCAGAUCUCAAAGUGGAGCAGCCACCAACUAAGGGCAAAAAAAACAAGGUGUCAACCAGCAAGCAGACAUGGAUGGCAACCAACACCUUGUCUAAAGCUGCUUUCUUGCUGACUGUCUUGAGUGAGCGGCUGGAGUACCACAACCUGGCUUUCCGAAUAGGAAUGUUUGCUCUGGAGCUGCAGAGACCACCUGCCUCAACCAAGGCCCUGGAGGUGAAGCUGGCUUAUCAGGAAUCUGAGAUUGCAGCCCUCUUGAAGAAGAUUCCCUUGGGCACCAAUGAGAUGAACACUAUUCGAGGAAGAGCCGAAGAACUGCGAGAAGGGACCUUGUGUGAUUACCGUCCUGUCCUGCCUCUGAUGUUGGCAAGCUUUAUAUUUGAUGUCCUGUGCACUCCAGUGGUUUCUCCUACAGGCUCUAGACCCCCAAGCCGUAAUUGGAAUAAUGAAAUGCCUGGAGAUGAAGAGCUUGGUUUUGAGGCAGCUGUUGCUGCUCUUGGUAUGAAAACAACUGUCAGUGAAGCAGAACAUCCGCUGUUAUGUGAAGGCACACGAAGGGAGAAAGGGGAUUUGGCACUAGCCCUCAUGAUCACUUACAAGGAUGAUCAGUCUAAGCUGAAGAAGAUUUUAGACAAACUCCUGGACAGAGAGAGUCAAACUCACAAACCACAGACGCUGAGCUCCUUCUACUCAUCCAGCAAGCCUGCAGUGGCCAACCAAAAAUCUCCUUCCAAACAUGCUGCCCAGUCUGCUGCAGCUAUCCAGCAGCUUCCAGGGACUUCUGUCACUCAGCAAGCUGCUGUAAGCCCUGCAGUCCAGAGCAGUCCUGAGAACUUUGUGGAGAAGAGUACACAGGCAGAGAACUCUCAGAGGUCCCCCUGUGAGCCAGCUGCAGAGGCCACUGUUUUGAAACAAGAGGGGAAGGUCCCCAGUCGUCUGGCCCUUGGAAACCGAGGUGGAUACAAUGGGAGAUGCUGGGGCUCACCUGUCAGGCAGAAGAAGAAACACACAGGCAUGGCUAGUAUUGAUAGCAGUGCUCCUGAAACCACUUCUGACAGUUCUCCAACACUCAGUCGGCGUCCUCUACGUGGGGGCUGGGCAACAACAUCCUGGGGCAGAGGACAGGACAGUGACAGCAUCAGCAGUUCUUCAAGUGAUUCACUGGGAUCUUCCUCUUCCAGUGGCAGUAGGAGAGCAAGUGGGGGAGCCCGUGCAAAGACUGUGGAAGUUGGCAGGUAUAAAGGGAGGCGGCUGGAGAGCCAUGCUCCUCAUGUCCCAAACCAGCCCUCAGAGGCAGCUGCUCACUUCUACUUUGAACUGGCUAAGACAGUCCUUAUCAAAGCAGGUGGAAACAGCAGUACCUCUAUCUUCACCCACCCUUCCUCCAGUGGUGGGCACCAGGGACCACACCGCAAUCUUCACCUCUGCGCCUUUGAGAUUGGGCUGUAUGCACUAGGGCUGCACAACUUCGUGUCUCCCAACUGGCUCUCUCGAACUUACUCCUCACAUGUCUCCUGGAUCACAGGGCAGGCCAUGGAGAUUGGUAGCGCAGCCUUGAACAUCUUAGUGGAGUGUUGGGACGGACAUCUAACUCCCCCAGAGGUGGCAUCAUUGGCAGACAGAGCUUCACGGGCCAGAGACUCCAACAUGGUGCGGGCAGCUGCUGAACUGGCCCUCAGCUGCCUGCCUCAUGCCCAUGCCCUGAACCCAAACGAGAUCCAGAGGGCUCUGGUGCAGUGUAAGGAACAGGACAACCUGAUGCUGGAAAAGGCCUGCAUGGCAGUAGAAGAGGCAGCUAAAGGAGGUGGUGUGUACCCAGAAGUCCUCUUUGAAGUAGCUCAUCAGUGGUACUGGCUUUAUGAACAGACUGUUGGUGGGACCCCAGCCCAGAGAGAAGGUGCCACUGGCUGCAGUGGCGGUGGCGCGCGGGCCGCGUCUGAAGCAGCGCGUGGCCUGGCAGACAGCCGGGUGACCUCAGAGCCGACCACGGUGACAGUGGCAGCUGCAGUAACUGCAGCAGCAACCGUCAUGCCAGUGAUCUCUGUGGGGUCGACCAUGUACCAGCAGCACACGGUGGCAGGGCCAGCAAUGGCACAUACACACACGCAGGGUCUCCACCCUUACACCACCCUUCAGACUCACAUCCCCUGUAACCCCCAGUAUAUCGGACACACCAUCCAGCACAUGCCGCGCCCAGCAGUCUUCCCGGUCCCUGGCUCGGCAUAUCCACAGGGUGUCCACCCAGCAUUCAUAGGGGCGCAGUACCCUUACUCAGUGACUGCACCGUCCCUGGCAGCUACAGCAGUGUCCUUCCCUGGCGUGCCCGUCCCCUCCAUGACGCAGAUCGCCGUGCAUCCCUAUCACAGUGAGACGGGACUGUCGCUGUCUUCCAAUGUAGCGCUAGGCAGUGUCCAUGCAGGAUCAACGUUCCCAGCGAUUCAGGGUGCUUCCUUGACAACUCUGUCCUCACAGCCCAACUCCCUCGUUACGGGGGGUUUUCCUGCCGAGGAUGAGCAGCACAGUCAGCCCGUGAGCCCCCAGGGUCUGCACUACCUCCACUCUGCAUACCGAGUUGGGAUGCUGGCUCUGGAGAUGCUUGGCCGAAGAGCUCACAACGACCAUCCCAACAACUUCUCCCGCAGCCCGCCCUACACUGAGGAUGUAAAAUGGCUCCUUGGGUUAGCUGCAAAGUUAGGUGUAAACUAUGUGCAUCAGUUUUGCGUUGGUGCUGCGAAGGGGGUGCUGAGCCCUUUUGUGCUCCAGGAGAUCAUCAUGGAAGCUCUACAGAGGCUCAACCCUGCCCAUGUGCACAACCACCUGCGCACCCCAGCCUUCCACCAGCUGGUGCAGAGGUGCCAGCAGGCCUAUAUGCAGUACAUCCAUCAUCGGCUGAUCCAUCUCACUCCAGCUGACUACGAUGACUUUGUGAAUGCCAUCCGCAGCGCCAGAAGCGCCUUCUGCCUGACUCCCAUGGGCAUGAUGCAGUUUAAUGAUAUUCUCCAGAACCUAAAGCGCAGCAAGCAGACAAAGGAGCUGUGGCAAAGGGUCUCUCUGGAAAUGACCACCUUCUCACCAUGACAUCAGGUGGAGCUCCACGGACACACAACCCUUUGCCCAACAUAGUUGUAGUUCCAUUUACACCAUCCUUCCUUCUGGUGUCUUUUUUAUUUUAGUUUUAACUUGUUGGAAACCACUGAUCUGAUGUAUUUAUACCAUGACAUUCCUCUCCAGCACUGUUGCGUGUUGGCGCUCUGCUUUGCUCGCUCUUCCUCCUCCUUCUCGGGGCUGCAGGCUUGAGAAGCAUCAGGAAAUGAGAAGGAAGUUGAGCUGGCUGCCCUGUGGUGUAGUCACUGCUUUUCUCCCUGAGCCCUGGAGGCUGUCCUGCGAGCAGUUUGCAGUGUGAUUGCGCACAUGUUAGAGGGGUUGGGGAUUCUGUCUGAAGUAUUUAUUUUAGCAUUUAUAAAUAUGUAAACUUUUUUUUUUUGUAUGGGCUUCUCUUACUCCACACACCAUCUCCUUUUGGAGAGUGGCUGGAACUGCUGUGCACAGCAAGUGCUCCCUCCAUCCCUUUCAGCAACUCCUGGUGAGAGAAGCUGAGACUGGAGUAGCAGGGCCAGGGCCACCUCUGCAGCUUUCUGCAGCAGCUGAGGACAGAGGCUGGAGCUCGGGCAGUGAGUCCUUGACUGCACUGAGCUGCCUGGAGACUGCCAGAAGUGCUUGAGCUCUUUCUCAGGAGCGUCCCUCACUGGGCACUGCUGGCUCAUAGAAUGUUUUGAUCCUGGUUGUUCCAAGUUGUACAAUCCUGUUUCUUUUGGCUGGGGUAUUACUCUCCUGUAAUCACUUUCUUAUCCCUCGUCUCUUCUCGUUUCCUGAUUAAACACUUGUUUUCUUAGACUGACUCUCUCUUCUCUCUGCUAUGAUGUUGGCAGUCUGAAGGAGCUGGCCAGCUGUGUGUCAGUGGGAGCUCCUGUGAGCCCUGGUAGGUGGCUGCUGUGCUCUGGGGAGCAGCAAUCCAGCACAAGCUGGGGCCCAAAGGUUUCUUGCCUGAUACUGCUCUGACAAUGACCUGCCUCUGCAGAGGCUGAGGUACAUGUUUGAUGGGUGUUGGGAGAGUUGGUGGUAAGUCUGGGAUGUUCUUCCUACAGUUCUGUCAGUCACUGGCUUCCUUUUCUAGCCUUAAUACUGUGUGAUAAUGCAGAGCCUUGUAUUUCCCAAGUGUGUAGAACACCAGCUGCUCCCAUGUAUUGGUGGUAUGAGAGGUAUGUGGUGGACUGUGAAAGGUAUCUAGUAGGGAUGGCAUUACAGAAAAUUAAGUUUAGAUAGCUUAAGUGUAUAAGCACAUACAUUUCAGGGCUUUUAAAAGUGGAAGUUAGAUGACUUAUGAAUGGAUGUUAAGAAUCCCAUUUCUCAGCAGUAAUGUC